AUGGUCGAUCUGGAUGUGUUUGGGGGACGUAAGGCGGUUCCGCCACGAGCAGCAGCAAAAAAACGCGAUUCCUAUUUUCCUCUGUUGGGCUCUCUACUUCUCUCCCUCGCAUCUCCUCCGCCUCCAACAUCUAGGAAAGUGGAAAGGACCAAAGGCCGCCGGCCACGCUCGCCGUACCUCCCCGAAGCUGUUCUCUUCUGGUGCGGCUGUCGCAUCGACGAGGGAUGCUGCCGCGCCAGGCCGCCAGCGCCGUUUGCCGCGGUGGGUCUGGUGGUGCUUGGCCUCGAUCUCCCGCCUCUGGCGGUGUUGCGCCUUGUUACAGAGUACGUCGUGUCCGUCGGCGCUGCUACCUCCUCCAAAUUGUGGUCAGUUUGGUCCUGCUUGAUCUUUCCCUGCCCCAGUACUGGCUCCGACAUCUCACGAGCACAUCCACAGGUUCAGAUGUGCUGCACACCAAAUGUUUGUACAAAUGCCUGAUGAGAAAGAUUGCACAUAAUAAAUUAAUAAGCUGGUAGUUACAGUAGUGAUCGUGGUCGCAAAGCAUGCAACAUCUGAAUGAGGCAUUUGAGAUCUGAGAGAGCAGCUCGGGAGUAUGAGGCGCUUGUGGGUUUCCUGAAUGCUGUAAAUCUAAGUGAGGCCUUUUACAAAAGGGGAUGGUGUCUCAAUAGCACAGAAACUUUGUUUCAGAAACCUAUACCGUGUCUCUGAUUAGGGUGAAAUUCAAGACAGUGCGGCCAAAGAAAUUUGGAACAAUUUGGCUCCAAAGAAAGCGACGAUGUUUAUGUGUCUUCUUAGUAAAGAAAGAUUGAAGGUCAGGGCUAUUUAAGCUUCAGAAACAAAUAAUUGAUGAUGGCCUUUGUCCUUUUGGCUGUACUGAUAGUGAGAUCGUGGAUCACUUUGCGUUGCGCUGCUGUUGAAUAGAAGCACUUCUUCAGAAGCUGGGCCGAUGUAUCCAUUAUCUAGAUAAUGUGACACAUAUCUUCGAUGCAUCGAAAAUAUGGCUAACUGCCAAGAAGAAAACAUCUUGGAGUUUAAUGAUCACUGAUGUUCUUUGAACAGUUUGCCUUGCCAGAAACAUAAAAGUUGUUGACAACGUUCAAAUCCCAGUAGACGUUGUGGCGAAUCAGUGCGGCUUCGAGAAUUUCCUAGGUCAGCGACUGGCUAUGUGUGUUCUUUGUUUUUUUUGUGUCCAUAAACCCCG